UAAUGAAAUUGAAUAGCCUACUGAAUGUAACAUUCAGUUUAUGAACUUACACUUAUAUUUUAUUGAAUACUUAUUAAAUAACAACUUUUAAAGGAUUUUUGAAUGGAUGCUAAUUUUAAAUAUAUUUUAAAGAAUCUUCUCACCUCUCCCUCCGGGCCGCCGGCGGCGCUAAGCUCCGAUGACGUCAGUUUGUAGUCCGGCAGUGACACCACAGAAGAAGAAGCCGCCGCAUCACAUGUCCUUGAGCCGCUGAAGCAGCGUCGCUGGAACACGACGACAGAGAACCUGAACCUGAACCAUGGCGGGCCAGGUGACCGAGUCCGACCAGAUCAAACAGUUUAAGGAGUUCCUGGGGACGUACAACAAGGUGACGGAGAACUGCUUCAUGGACUGCGUCAAAGACUUCACCAGCCGGGAGGUGAAGCCGGAGGAGUCGAGCUGCUCCGAGUCGUGUCUGCAGAAGUAUCUGAAGAUGACUCAGCGGAUCUCCAUGCGGUUCCAGGAGUACCACAUCCAGCAGAACGAGGCUCUGGCUGCUAAAGCGGGUCUGCUGGGACAACCUCACUGACCCGGUCUGAUGUGGACUGAUGAGUCCAGCAUGGACCAGGGUCAACGUGUUCCUGUUUGAAGCUGAUCUGGAUCUCAAAGCAUCAUGGGAGAUGUUUAACUUGAACACAAACGAUGGACUUUAUUUUUGGUAUUUAAUGUUUCAGUUUUAUCUUGAUGAAUAAGAUUUCAUGUUUUUCUUCUUGUCUGGAAAUAAAAUCCGAUUUAA